AUGGAGGAAUUGUUGGACAAACCAGUAUUACCAGAUCUUGUUAUUCGAGAGAGAAAGCUGUUAGUUAUGCUGCAAAACUUCAUUCAAUCAACAAACUCAACUGAAAAUCUCCCAAUUCUAGCAACUUUUUUGAAAUAUUCAAAGAUUGCUGCCAGAGAUAUUAUUGGAGGAAAUCCAGAAAUUUCACACAUUAAGAGGAGAAUUACAUCUUUUGUGAAAAAUCCUUCACCAAUCAAAUUUAGAACUAUUCCAAUAUGGGAAGCAAUGCCAGACGGUUCUCAUCAAAGAAGAAAUCUUAAAAUCGCCUACAAAAAGUGCAUGGAAAAAUCUGUUGCUAAAAAGGAAAGAAGAAUUCAAAGAAUAGAAAAUAUGAUAACCAAACAAACAUCUCAACCAAUUCUAUUGAAAGUUUUCUUACAACAAAGUCCAUGUGGAUAUCAAGAUUUUUCACAAAAUAUUUGCCGAGCUGGAAAGAAUGGAAUUCGUUGCAAGUCAGGAAGUCAAAGACCUGCAUGCACUAUUCUUAUUACAAAGAUAUCAUGA